AUGGCCUCUUCUUCAUCUUCCGUCGCGAGGCUAGUCGCCUACCGUCGGCCUACGCCGUCGAUUUUGACCUCCUUCCGUCCUUUGGCCUCAACCGCAAGCUUCUCGUCCUCCGUGUGCCGGGCAGCCACCCCAGCUGGUCCUCCUCAACCGGGCUUCCGUUUGCCUCCGCCGAAGAAGUGGGAUCAAGGCUCAGAGUCGUCCCUGGACAAAGCCAGCAAAUAUUUCCUCAUGGCUGAAAUGUGCCGUGGCAUGUACGUCGUGCUGGAGCAGUUCUUCCGACCGCCAUACACGAUCUUCUACCCCUUCGAAAAGGGCCCCAUCUCUCCCCGUUUCCGUGGUGAACACGCUCUGCGACGCUAUCCCACUGGUGAAGAGCGAUGCAUCGCUUGCAAGCUCUGCGAAGCCAUCUGCCCGGCCCAGGCGAUCACCAUCGAGGCCGAGGAACGUGAAGACGGAAGCCGUCGGACGACUCGGUAUGAUAUCGAUAUGACUAAAUGCAUCUACUGUGGCUACUGCCAAGAGAGUUGCCCGGUCGAUGCUAUUGUCGAGACCUCCAACGCCGAAUAUGCCACUGAGACCCGUGAAGAGCUGCUGUACAACAAGGAGAAACUCCUGGCCAAUGGUGACAAGUGGGAGCCGGAAAUCGCGGCGGCUGCCAGAGCCGAUGCUCCUUACCGAUAA